AUGAACAACACUAACAUGCCCUAUAAUCCCACGGGUGGUCCGGACCAGCAUCAACAAGCAUAUCCUCAUCACCCUCAACAACUCCCAAUUCAACAGCAUCCAGCACAUUUGCAGUAUCAGCAACAGCAGUUUGCUAACCAUCAAUUCCAACAACAACAACAGCAGCAGCAGCAACAGCAGCAGCAACAGCAGCAGCAACAGCAGCAGCAGCUACAACAACAGCCACAGCAGCAGCAGCAGCCUAUUCCUAAUGGCUACGCCUCCCACAUCUCUUUACAAAUUCCUUCACAACAACAACAACAACCACCACAGCAACUUGCAUCUCGAGCACCUUCUGUUCAACAACAACAGAUUCAACAACCUAUUGCUCAUCAGAUUCAAGAUCCUAACACCUUAAAGCAAGUUAUGGCCCAUCGUCAGCAACAGCCACAGCAAUCACCUCAGCAGCAGAUGAUGGUUCCUCCACCUAUACAACAACAUCAACAGGUAAUGCAUGCUGCUCCUUCACAGACUUCUCCAUCUGUUCCUCUUCAAAUUCCUUCACAAUCCCCGACUCCUAUUCCAGUUCAACAUCCUCUACCUCAACAGGUUCCUCAACAAGUUCCUCAACAGGUUCCUCAGCAAAUUCCGCAACAAAUUCCCCAGCAAAUUCCUCAGCAAAUUCCUUAUCAGAUUCCCCAGCAAAUCUCACAGCAGGUUCCUCAGCAAGUUCCCCAACAGGUUCCUCAGCAGGUUCCACAACAAGUUUCUCAGCAGGUUCCACAACAAGUUUCUCAGCAGGUUUCUCAGCAGGUUUCUCAGCAAGUUCCACAGCAGGUUUCUCAGCAAGUUCCACAGCAGAUUCCACAGCAGAUUCCACAGCAGAUUCCACAGCAGGUUCCUCAACAGGUUCCUCAGCAGCCCCCCCAAAUGAUGUCUAUGCCUCCUGGGCCACAACCAUCGCUCAAUAAUCAAGGUCCUCAUAUGCAGCAGAUUCCAAUCCAACAAAACCAAGUUCCUCAACCAAUCCCUCAAGUACAGUCUGCACCACAAAUGCAUCCAGCUCAACAUGUUCAAUCUGUUCAAUCUGUUCAAGCUGUUCAACACCAACAGCAAAUCUCUCAACAAGUUCCCUCGUCCCAGUCUCCAAUUAUCAGUUUGACACCUACUCCUGUUCAAACUACUAUCCAUAUUGGUGCUUCUCAAGCUUCUGUUAAUCCUUCCCCUAUUUCUGCCAAUUCAGCUUCUCCAGCUGUUUCAACUGCUUCUGUUUCUUCACCUUUGCAACAAUUAUCUUCACAAGCCGUACCUUCCAACUCCCCUAAUGCCCAAACUCCUGCUUCAGCACCUGCAGACUCCACUCCACUCCCACCGGAAUUUGUUAUCCCUAAGCCUGAGACUCGCGAACAAUAUCAACUUUUAUUAUUGAGAUGGAAUGCAUUAAAUUCUGUUGGAGCUGACCAAAAAACUCAUUCCGCUCAUCCGGAAUACGCAGCUAUUUGCAAAAUCAUCAAACAAGCUGGACGUGAACAAAAACUCUAUCAACUUCGUUUAGACGAAAUUAAAAAGGCCAAGUCGAAAUCUUUAACAAAAGACAAACAUUCUGAUGAAGUAAAAGUUAAGCUUCUUGGUAAUCAAAUUAGAGCUUUUCAACUUCUUUCUCAUAAUCUUGAUAUUCCACUUCAGUUCCAGGAAGCUCUUUUAGAGCCUUUGAUUUCUGAUCAUGAGGAAUCCCCUCCAAUUUUUUCUUCUUCAGUAAUAAAAGGAGGUAAAUACCAAUCACGUCUUGAAAGAAUAAAUGUUCCGCUUACUGGUGGUGCUUCAGCUGCUGGUAAUAAUUCGGUUGUUGAUUCUCGUGAACAGGUUAUUUCUAACAAGAUAACACAAAGAAUUGUGGAACUUGAGCGUCUUCCUGGAAAUCUUGGAACCUUGGAUGUCAAAAAUGCUGAUCUUGAGCCUUCUCAUAAUAUUCCCAAAAAUGAUGAUGAACUUAAAAUCAAGGCUUUGAUUGAGCUGAAGUCAUUGAGACUACUUACUAAACAAAAGUCUCUUCGUCAGGGUAUCUUUUUUUCUCUUGCUAAUAAUACUGAUCCAAUUUCUGAAAGUAUGACUUUGCGAUACAAUAACAGACGUCAAAAAAUCCAUUCUGCACAGGACCUCCGGAUCACUGAGCAACUUGAGACUCAACAGAGAUUAGAGCGUGAGCGAAAGGAAAGAGUUCGUCAUAUCAAUACUAUCAAAGGAGUUUGUUUACACGCUAAGCAAAUUCUUAGUGAAAGACACAAUAAACACCAGAAACACAUUUCUAUAGGACGUUCUAUUGCUCAGGCCCACACUACCAUUGAAAAAGAGGAACAAAAGCGUGCUGAACGAACUGCUAAGCAACGUUUGCAAGCUCUUAAGGCCAAUGAUGAAGAAGCAUAUAUCAAACUUCUUGAUCAAACAAAGGAUACUCGUAUUACUCAUAUUCUUGGUCAAACCAACUCUUUCUUAGACUCUCUUGCGCAACGUGUCAAGGUUCAGCAACAAGAAGUUGAUUCUAUUAAACCAAAACCUCAAUCAGUUAGCAGCGUUGAUGACGACGAAAAGGAAAGAGUUGAUUACUACGAGGUUGCUCAUCGCGUCAAGGAAGAAGUCACUAAGCAACCUUCUAUUCUUGUUGGUGGAACACUAAAAGAGUACCAGCUUAAGGGUCUUCAAUGGAUGGUUUCUUUAUACAACAACAAUCUCAAUGGUAUUCUUGCCGACGAAAUGGGUUUGGGUAAGACUAUCCAGUCCGUUUCUCUCAUUACUUAUUUGAUUGAGUCAAAGAAGAAUCCUGGUCCUUAUUUGGUUAUUGUCCCUCUCAGUACUCUUACAAACUGGACUUUAGAGUUUGAAAAAUGGGCACCAUCUGUAAAGACAAUUGUUUAUAAGGGUCCUCCUCCUGCUAGACGUGUUCAUCAAGCAGCUAUCAGAAAUGGUGAUUUCCAAGUGUUGUUGACUACUUAUGAGUACAUUAUUAAGGACCGUCCCAUCCUUUCAAAGAUUAAAUGGGCUCAUAUGAUUAUCGACGAAGGUCACAGAAUGAAAAACACAAACUCUAAACUUUCUUAUACACUUACACAAUAUUACAUCUCUAGUCAUCGUCUGAUUCUUACUGGUACUCCUCUGCAAAACAAUCUUCCUGAACUUUGGGCUCUUCUUAAUUUCGUCUUGCCCAAGAUUUUCAAUUCAGUUAAGACAUUUGAUGAGUGGUUUAAUACACCAUUUGCCAACACAGGUGGCCAAGACAAGAUGGAACUAAAUGAAGAAGAGACAUUACUUAUUAUUCGUCGUCUCCAUAAGGUUUUGCGUCCAUUUUUGUUGCGUCGUCUUAAAAAGGAUGUCGAAAAGGAUUUGCCAGACAAGGUUGAGAAAGUUGUCAAGUGUAAAAUGUCUGCAUUACAAAGCAAACUAUAUCAACAAAUGCUCAAGUAUAAUGUCAUUUUUGUUGGCCAAGACGGUGUUAGUGGUAACAAGUCUGGAAUCAAGGGCCUUAAUAAUCGUAUCAUGCAGCUCCGAAAGAUUUGCAAUCAUCCAUUCGUUUUUGAAGAAACAGAAAAUCUCGUUAACCCGACUCACACCAAUAACGACAAACUAUGGAGAGUUGCAGGAAAGUUUGAGCUUCUUGAUCGUAUUCUCCCCAAGUUCAAAGCCACUGGCCAUCGUGUGCUGAUGUUUUUCCAAAUGACCCAGGUAAUGGAUAUUAUGGAGGAUUAUUUACGCUACCGUGACAUGAAAUAUCUCCGUCUUGAUGGUGCAACUAAGGCUGAUGAGCGUUCCGCAAUGUUGAAAUUGUUCAAUGCUCCUAAUUCAGAGUACUUUGCCUUUUUGCUGAGUACUCGUGCCGGUGGUCUUGGUUUGAAUUUACAAACGGCUGAUACUGUCAUUAUUUACGACACUGAUUGGAAUCCUCAUCAAGAUCUACAGGCCCAAGAUCGUGCGCAUCGUAUUGGCCAAACUAAGGAGGUGCGAAUUUUGCGUCUUAUUACAGAGGAUUCUGUUGAAGAAAGCAUUUUGAGCCGUGCUCAUGCCAAGCUAGAGAUUGAUGGCAAAGUCAUUCAGGCAGGUAAAUUUGACCAAAAAUCUACUGCUGAGGAACAGGAAGCAUUCCUUCGAUCAUUGCUAGAGGCAGAAGAAGCUAAGCGCAAUCAAAAAGACGACGAUGAGGAUAUUGAUGAUGAUGAGCUCAAUGACAUUUUGGCUCGUAAUGACGAGGAAACAGUUAUCUUCAAAAAAAUUGAUGAAGAGCGCAAUGCCACCUCACCCUAUGGCCGUGACAAGCCUCAUGAUCGUUUGUUUGGGGAAGACGAGCUUCCUGAGGAGCUUAAGCGCGAUAUUGUUGAGAACAUUGACAAUGAACCUCAGGAGGUUCUUGGCCGUGGCGCUCGUGAGCGUAAAAAGAUUUUCUAUGACGAUGUUCUGACAGAGGACCAAUGGUUGGAGGCUAUUGACAAUGAUGAUGACGUUGAGGAGGCCAUCAAUCGUGAGAGAUCACGCCAGGAGCGUCUUCGUGAGCGUAGAGAAGCCAAGAAGGCUCGAAAGGUUGCUAUUUCAGAUGACGAGGAAGAUGAUGCCAAAGGUGUUGAAGAAGUAGAGGAAAAACCGGAAGAGUCACCCGAACCUGAACCUGAACCUGAACCUGAACCAGAACCCGAACCAGAACCAGAACCAGAAACGAAAAAGCGCAAGCGUGGGUCUGGACGUCGCAAGUCUACACCUAAGGUCAUUGAGGAUGACGAGCCAAAGGCUGAUGAGGAGGAAGAGGAGGAAGAGGAAGAAGUUGUUGCCAAUGGCAAUGCUGAGGAGUCUGACGAGGAGGAGUCUCACUCUAAGCGCAAUCACCGUCUUUCCAAUAAUAUCAAUGUUUCACUUGAUAUGGUGACUGAAAUGGGCCAAGCCAUUUUGACCGAGAUUGAGGAUAGUACUGAUGAAGAUGGUAGGACUCGUGUGGAUUUGUUUUUGGAGCUUCCUGAUCGCAAGAUGUACCGUGACUAUUAUAAGGUCAUUCGACGCCCCAUUGCUUUGGAUAAAAUUCGCAAGAAGCUUGAGACUGGCAAGUAUCUUAGUAUUGAUGACAUGGCUAAGGAUUUGUUUUUGAUGUCUGCCAAUGCGAUGAAAUACAACCAGGUGGAUUCUUAUGUAUAUCUGGAUGCCCAGGCGAUUGAGAAAAUGGUAGAGGAAUGGGUUGAACGUUCCAAAAAGACAAUUUCAGAAAUUGACAAUGCAUCGAAUGGAUCAGUUUCUCCUUCGAAGGAUACAAAUGCUCCUCCCCAAAAGAAGGCUCGCAUUAGUGGUGAUCAUGAGGAUGAUGCAAACGGCGAUUUGGCCAAUGGCAACGGCACUUCGAAUGAAGGAGUAGAUGAGUCUCGACCUCCUUCUCGUGGUAAGGGAAGACCUAAGGGAAGUCGCAAUGGAACUAAGCGUGGGUCUCGCCGGAAGUAA